UUGAUGUUUGGGUAAAAAUAUCCCUUUAGCACUUGUUGGAUCAGCCGAGGACCUGUUUUAAUGUGAAUGCAACAUAAAGAAAGAACGGAAAUGUUUAUUUUGAAAAAUAAGAUAAUAUGGUAAUUUCACUGUUAAUCCUCGGUCGGACAGCAGGGAGCAGCAAAUUCAACACUGCUGAACCUGAAACAGAUUGGUAACAGAUUUAAAGUUACUUGAUAUCAAAUACUUGACGAGUUCAUAUUUAAGCAAUUUGCGUAUAUUCUUUUUGGGGUUAAACGGACCCCGAGAAGCUCUGUGGAGUAUCAAAACACGUAAGACACAACGACUCUGACACUGGCCCCUUCUGAUGGGAAUAAGUGAGUGACCCCCGUGCGGUUCUGUGAAUUUCCUCAAAGCAAACAAACCUACUUCAACAAACAUCAAACACCAGGAUAACGGUGAUGACGAGCGCCGGGAGAUUUUCUGGCAUAUUUUAUCGACAGAUAUUUGUUCCACCGUGUGUGUGUUUGCGUCUCGCAGGGAUUUCCCGUAUGCUGGAUGUUUAUUCUUGCGGUUCUGCCGCGUUUCUCUGAAGUCUUCAGCUCUUAAUGGUGCUGGAGAAAGACGCUUCCUCGUAACGCUCCACCCAUCUCUCCACCUAACGCGCAUUAUUUAAGAAUAGAAACACCUUCCUCUGACAUGACUUGAGAAGUCGGCUUUGAAAGAGAAGUCAAGUUGUCUGCAUUCACAAAGACAUGAACUUAGAUGGGGACAGCAGCAUGUCAGUCAGUUGUGGGAAUGGCAAACUUAGGCAGUGGCUCAUCGAUCAGAUUGACAGCGGGGAGUAUCAAGGCUUGGUUUGGGAAAAUGACGAGAAAACCAUUUUCAGGAUUCCCUGGAAGCACGCGGGGAAACAGGACUACAACCGCGACGAGGACGCGGCGCUCUUCAAGGCUUGGGCCCUGUUCAAAGGCAAGUACAGAGAAGGCUUGGACAAACCAGACCCUCCAACGUGGAAGACGAGGCUCCGCUGUGCCCUGAACAAGAGCAAUGACUUUGAUGAACUGGUGGAGAGAAGCCAGCUGGACAUCUCAGAUCCUUACAAGGUCUACAGGAUAAUACCAGAAGGAGCCAAGAGAGGCUCUAAGUCCAGCAGUAUGGAUGACACCGCGGCACACGUGACACCUAUUAGUUAUCCCAUGCAUUCCACAUAUCCUGCUCUACAGCCUCAGAUGCCGGGAUACAUGCUGCCCCAGGAGAGACGUGACUGGAGGGAAUACAGCGGCGAUCAGCCUCAUCCUCAAGCUCCGCACGCUGAGUUACCGUACGGCCAGUGUCCGUAUCCACCCACGCGCUCCUUAGCCUGGCACCCAUCGGCCUGUGACAACGGAUAUCAGAUAUCUGGCUCCUUCUACACAUAUUCACCUACAGAAACCCAUCCAGUGGCAAUGGACCCCAAUAUAAGAUCAGCCGAAGCCAUGGCCAUUUCAGACUGCCGCCUGCACGUCUCUCUGUACUAUCGCGAGUCUCUGGUGAAGGAGGUGACCACCAGCAGUCCCGAAGGCUGUCGAAUCUCCUCCUCUUCGACUCCAGGAUCUCCUUCGUCUCCCUCGUCUCCGUGUCCGGAGGAGCGGCUGUAUGGCGGGGCCGAGCCCGUGCUCUUUCCCUUCCCGUACCCUCAGUCGCAGCGGCGCGGGGCCGAGAAGCUGCCCAACAUCCUGGAGCGGGGCGUGCUGCUGUGGCUGGCUCCGGACGGGCUUUACGCCAAGCGCCUGUGCCAGGGGAGGGUGUACUGGGAAGGUCCGCUGGCGCCGUACGCAGACAAACCCAACAAGCUGGAGAAAGAGCAGACCUGCAAGCUGAUGGACACGCAGCAGUUCCUCUCAGAAUUGCAGGGCUUCAUUCACCACGGCCGUCCCAUGCCACGCUCUCAGGUGGUGCUGUGUUUCGGAGACGAGUUUCCAGACCCUCAACGGCAGAGCAAAAUGAUCACAGCUCAGGUGGAACCCAUGUUUGCCCGGCAGCUCCUGUAUUUUGCAGGCCAGACCAACGGGCACUACUUGCGCGGAUAUGAGCUUCAGAGUCAAGGUGCUUUACCUGUAGAAGAGUAUCAUAGAAGCAUCCAGAACUUGCAGGAGUAACAGCCUUCAGGUGAAACCAGCUGAGAUACUGCGAAGCCCAGCCGCUCGUACAGACAGAGGAGACUAACGAAAGCCAAUGGAGGAUCCUUGACAUCACAAUGAAGACUUGAAAUCGUAUAGCGAUUACCUGACCAAGUGCCCAUUUUCACAUCCCAAAAGCUACAAACAUGCAAACCCAGCUCUUCAGACGCCACACAGUAUUGGAUGCAGUCAUUUUCUAUGAAAUUGUUCAGAGUGUCAGGUGAAUUAUGUCUCAUCAAGUUCAAAAGUUUGAGAGCACGUGGAAAAAUGGUUGUUUAUGGUUUUUUGUUUAUGUCAGCUUCUUCGCUGCUGUCAUGAAAGAAAAACACAAACCACAUGCUAAAACAUUGUCAGAUUGAGUUCAUUUCAAUUCAGCGUUUCACUCAAAUCAUGCUGAUAAUAUCAUGUAUAGUGAUAAAGGAUGCAUUAAAUUAGAAAAGAAUGCAAAGUAGGACAUUUCAGAAAGAAGCUAACCAAAAAUAAAACUACAAUCUAACUAUUUUUCUCAUAACAUAUAGUCAUUGUUUGUUAGUGGGUCAGAUAUUUUUGAUAAGUUGAUGUAUAGUUGCAUAGAUGUUCUUUUAUCGGUCUGUACUGCUUCUGCUUUUCUAACACAAUUCUCUGUUUUUCUUAUUGUUUUUAACUCAGCGCCGUGUAAGUAUUUAUAAUGCAUGCAUGUAGGUUUCUAUAUGCACAGCAGAAUGUACUGUAUAGCUGUAUAGAUAUCUUGAAUGUAAUCAAAGUAAUUAUUUCUCUUAAUGGCAUCUGACAAGAAGUUAUGUAAUGCUAAAUACUAAGAAACAGCUUGUGGUUGUGUGUGUGUGUGUGUGUGUGUGUGUGUGUGUGUGUGUGUGUGUGUGUGUGUGUGUGUGUGUGUGUGUGUGAUUGUUAU